CAGCGACUCUCACGUCAGCUGGACCAAGGACUUAAGCCACAACAACAUGGUCAAGGAAGCCGAGUACUCGUGUCCUCUCAGUAAGGAUACCAAGGAUCUAGCAGCCAAGGAGCUGAGAGAGGACGAGGCGACGAGAGACAAUGCUUUGCAGCACAUGAAGAAGUGGGUCCAGGACAACCCAAAGAUUGAGUACUGCAGAACAGAUCCCUGUUAUCUACUGAGGUUUCUGAGAGCCAAGAAGUUCAGCUUGCCCAUGGCUCAAGAGGCAAUGGAGAGAUACCUUCUACUCAGGCAAACCUACGACUUCGCCUUUCAAAACAUGGACUGCCUAUUGCCAAACAUGGAAACACUCUUCAGUUUAGGCUACAUAUUUGCAGCCCCUGGAAGAGACAAGUUAGGACGUCGCUGGAUCAUUGCUAGACCAGGUGUUUUUGACCCACACAAGUUCACCAACGCAGACAUGUGUCGUAUCCACGGCAUCACGUACGAGACGGUGAUGGAAGAUGAGGAAUCGCAGGUCCGAGGGUUCGUACACUUCGCUGACGGUGCUGGAGUCACAUUUCCCCAUCUGACGCUGUUCACACCAAAGGAGGCAGUGCGCAUCGUGAAAAACGGAGAGAGAACAUUGCCAAUGAGACACAAAGAAGUUUACGGAAUCAACGUCCACCCUUCAGUUAAAUACGCUCUCGACUGGGGUAUGGGACUUAUUACUGAGAAGAUUAAGAAACGUGUUAAGAUCUUUACAAAUCUGGAGGAAGCAAAGAAAAAUAUGGACACUUCAAUGCUUCCCAAAGAAUAUGGAGGUUCAAUGCCAAUGGAGGAAAUGAUAGCUCUGUGGAAAGAAGAACUUUUAGCAUCUCGAGAUCGCAUCUUGGGCCACGAUAAGAUGAAAGUUCGAUUAGAACUUUUCAGUGAAGGAGCGAGGGCUGGAGCAGUAUCGGCUCUACGUAACAACAGUUGUGGACCUCAAAGUGAUAUCUUGGCUGGAAGCUUUCGUAAACUACAAGUGGACUAAAGAGAUCAACUCUGCGCCUUGUACUCCUGUAGAUAACAUGUAUAGUUGACUGUAAACUACCUUAAACUGUUAAGUAACUUGUGCUUUAAAAAACAACUGUUCCUGUAGUUUGAAAGAAAUGCGGACAAUAAGUGUACAUUUU